AUGCCGAUGUUUUCGCAAGCCCAGAGCAUGGCUGGCAGCGUCGCCGCCCGGCCGGCCGUCGUGCGCACGCGCAGGGCCGCCGCUGCCCCCCGGGCGCGCGUCGUUCGCGUUUGCGCAGGUCCCCCGACCGUCGCGGAGACGAAGGACAAGUUCUUCAAGGCGUACACGAAGCCGGUUCCUGCGAUGUACUCCACCGUCAUCAACGAGCUCCUGGUGUCGCAGCACCUGUGGAGGUACAACAAGAAGUACCAGUACGACGAGCUCCAGGCCCUGGGCCUGGUGAGCAUCUUCGACCAGCUGCUGGACGAGUACAACGAGGAGGACAAGAAGGCCCUGUUCGAGGCCUACGUCAACGCGCUCGACGAGGACCCGGACACGUACCGCAAGGACGCCAAGUUCAUGGAGGAGUGGGCGAGCGGGUCGCCCGAGGUCAAGCCGGACGCCGCGGGCGACGAGGGCCAGCAGAAGCUCGCCGCGAUCGCCGAGCGGGUGGCGGCGGGGGACUUUUACUACUCGAAGCUGUUCGCCAUCGGCCUGUUCCGCGUGCUCGAGUGCGCGGGCGCGAGCAGCCCCGAGGCGCUCAAGGGCGCGGUCGCCGCGCUCGGCGUCCGCGAGGACGCGGUGAACCGGGACCUGAUGAUGUACAAGGGUGUGUUGAGCAAGCUGACGGCGGCCAAGGAGAUGAUGGCGGAGUUCCUGGAGCGCGAGCGCAGGAAGACCGAGGAGCGCAAGGCCGAGAAGGCGGCCAAGGCGGCGAAGGAGGCGGAGCCGGCGAAGGAGGAGUCGGCUGCGUCGGCGGAGGGGGGGUGUUGUUUGGGGGGGGGGGGGAGGAUAGGCUGGAGGUGGGGCGGAGGAGCGCGGAGGUGCGAGGAUGGGGAGGUCGGGCCGCGUGCGCGUCGCAGGCGUGAAGACUCUGUGACGUCCGGCGAAACACCCCGGGGGGGAGUCGGACUCAAAUCAAUAGUGGAGGACCUUCCACGCGCGCAGGAAGCGCGUGACGUCCGGCACCACGCUCUCGAACGCCGGCGGGUACACCUCCGUCGGCGUCAGCCACGCGACGAGGUCGUACCCGUCGGCCGGAGGCCGCAACACAAGCACCGAAGCCGGGACGCGUGCGUUCCAGAACGCCUCGCACGUCUCGGUGGGCACCCAGCGGUCGUCCGCGCACGUAUCCUGCGCCUCGUCCCCCUGUGGCGCCGCCAGUGCGUCGUACAACGUCCAGUGCAGGUCCAGAUAGGUGCGGAUCAUGUCGCCCAGCCCAAAGGUAUCCACCCACGGCCCCGCCUCCUGCGUCGCUGCGAACCGCGAGGGAUGCACCCACGUCAGCCGCUUCGUGCGCCUCCGCCAGCACUCGUGCGAGCACGUCGCGUCGUACAUGAUGUUCCCGUAGGCCGUCAGCCGCGACAGAUCGAUCAGCGUGGCGCGCAGCCGGUGCGCCGCGAACCACGUCGCUCCGCCGCCGCUCUCGACGCCGCUGCGCGCCGGCUCGAACGAGACCAGCAUCUGCUCGGGGUGCAAGUCGGUGUGUGCCAGCGACGCGGCGUGGAGGCGUCGCGUCGCCGUGACGAUGUCGAGGAUGGCGGCCGGCACCAGGGAGAGCAGCCCGAGGGCGUCGGCGGCUUCGGGCGAGCAGCACGCGUCCCCGUCCAGGAUGACUUCAUGCACCGUGUCGUGGAUGAACUGCCUUACGUCGUACAAGGUCUUGCCGGGGCAGGAUGGGGGCUUCGUGGUGCGGAGCAGCGGCAUGGCGAUGCCCACGAUGCGCUGCGUGCUGUCCAGCAGGACGUGCGAGAGCGUGACAAGCCCGUCGUGGCGGCCGUGCGGCGCGUCGCGGUGCGCGAGGAUCAUCGCGAAGGCUUCGUCGGCGAGCAUGCGCUGCGCCAGCUGACCCGUGCGUGCGAGGAGGGAUGGAUCCUUUACUGUCAGCUUGACGGCGUACUCGUACUCGUCAAGCUGACCGCUGGCGCCCUGGAAAAGGGAAGAAGGUGUAUGAGCGUGCGUCAUGCUAUCUCAAAAGGAGGAGUGUCUGAAACAUCUCGAAGCGCACAGGUCGAUCUGACGUUGGCUGUUGCCCGCGGGAACUGUCGCAGUGAGAAACAGUAUUGCGUUGCAGCGCAGAGCUGUGCUUGCCUGGUUCGCAAACGUGGCCCGCCAAACCGUCCCGUCUACUCCGUCGCCGAGUCGCUCGUAGAAGGUGAAGUCGUCAACGGAUGCGAAGCUGGCGUUUGCGAAGUGCCGCAGCUGGUAAGGCACAGGAAGCUGAACGCCGUUUCGCAGGACGCCCUCUCCGGACGGCAGCCCGGCGCACUGGUCUCGCUCCAAGUCCGCGGCCGUGCGCUGCCGUGA